GUCAGGUUCUAGAUAUGUGCUGAUUAGAAGGCUCAGUUGUGCGGUGUGGAGGAUAAGACAGUGCCUUACAAAGAUGGGGUUUGGGAGUGACCUGAAGAAUUCACACGAAGCUGUGUUAAAAUUGCAAGACUGGGAAUUACGGUUACUGGAAACAGUGAAGAAAUUCAUGGCCCUGAGAAUAAAAAGUGAUAAAGAAUAUGCGUCUACUUUACAGAACCUUUGUAAUCAAGUUGAUAAGGAAAGUACUAUCCAAAUGAAUUAUGUCAGCAAUGUAUCCAAGUCUUGGCUACUUAUGAUUCAGCAGACCGAACAGCUCAGCAGGAUCAUGAAGACGCAUGCAGAGGACCUGAAUUCCGGGCCCCUGCACAGGCUCACCAUGAUGAUCAAAGGCAAGCAGCAGGUGAAGAAGAGCUACAUGGGCGUCCACCAGCAGAUGGAGGCAGAGACGAUCAAGGUUACAAAGACAGAAUUAGAGAAAUUAAAAACCAGCUAUAGACAAUUAAUAAAAGAAAUGAAUUCCGCAAAAGAGAAAUAUAAAGAAGCUGUAGCUAAAGGGAAAGAAACUGAAAAGGCUAAGGAACGUUAUGAUAAAGCCACGAUGAAACUCCAUGUGUUGCAUAAUCAGUAUGUUCUGGCGUUGAAAGGGGCACAGCUUCAUCAGAGUCAGUAUUAUGACACUACGCUUCCUCUGCUUCUCGAUUCCUUACAGAAGAUGCAAGAAGAAAUGAUUAAAGCACUAAAAGGUAUAUUUGAUGAAUACAGCCAGAUAACUAGUCUUGUUACAGAGGAAAUAGUGAACGUUCAUAAAGAGAUUCAAAUGUCGGUUGAGCAGAUAGACCCCAGCACAGAAUACAACAGUUUCAUAGAUGUUCAUAGAACAACGGCUGCUAAGGAGCAAGAAAUUGAGUUUGAUACUUCCUUACUAGAAGAAAAUGAAAAUCUACAGGCAAAUGAGAUUAUGUGGAAUAAUUUAACAGCAGAAAGUUUGCAAGUAAUGUUGCGAACUUUAGCAGAGGAGCUAAUGCAGACACAGCAGAUGCUUCUAAACAAGGAGGAAGCUGUCCUGGAGCUGGAGAAGAGGAUUGAGGAGUCUUCUAAGACCUAUGAAAAGAAGUCAGAUAUUGUACUUCUGCUAAGCCAAAAACAGACACUUGAAGAGCUGAAACAGUCAGUCCAGCAGCUGAGAUGCACCGAGGCAAAGUUCACAGCCCAGAAAGAAUUGCUGGAGCAAAAAGUGCAAGAAAAUGACGGGAAAGAGCCACCUCCAGUAGUCAAUUAUGAAGAGGACGCACGAUCAGUUACAUCUAUGGAAAGGAAGGAGAGGCUGUCCAGAUUUGAGUCUAUUCGUCACUCAAUUGCUGGAAUCAUUAGGUCUCCAAAAUCUGCACUGGGCUCUUCAGCAUUCUGUGAUACGAUCCCCGUACUUGAGAAACCUCUGGCAGAACAGGACUGGUACCAUGGUGCAAUUCCCAGAAUAGAAGCGCAAGACCUCUUAAAACAGCAAGGAGACUUCUUGGUGCGAGAGAGUCAUGGGAAACCUGGUGAAUAUGUCCUUUCUGUAUUUUCUGAUGGACAAAGGAGACACUUUAUCAUACAAUAUGUUGAUAAUAUGUAUCGUUUUGAAGGCACUGGGUUUUCAAAUAUUCCUCAACUUAUAGACCAUCACUAUACAACAAAACAGGUCAUCACUAAGAAGUCAGGUGUAAUUCUGCUGAAUCCUAUUCCUAAGGAUAAGAAGUGGAUUCUCAAUCACGAAGAUGUCACAUUAGGAGAAUUACUAGGCAAGGGAAAUUUUGGUGAAGUAUUUAAGGGCAUAUUAAAGGAUAAAACUGCUGUUGCUGUUAAAACGUGUAAAGAAGAUCUUCCUCAGGAACUGAAAAUAAAAUUCUUACAAGAAGCCAAAAUUCUCAAGCAGUAUGAUCACCCCAAUAUUGUCAAACUUAUAGGAGUCUGCACACAGAGACAGCCUAUCUACAUCAUUAUGGAACUGGUUCCAGGAGGUGAUUUCCUCACGUUUCUGAGAAAGAGGAAGGAUGAUAUAAAACUCAAACAAUUAGUGAAAUUUUCAUUAGAUGUUGCUUCUGGUAUGUCCUAUCUCGAGAGUAAAAACUGUAUACACAGGGAUCUUGCUGCAAGAAACUGCCUGGUAGGUGAGAAUAACGUGCUGAAAAUCAGUGACUUUGGAAUGUCUCGUCAAGAGGACGGUGGUGUGUAUUCAUCUUCUGGCCUGAAGCAGAUACCCAUUAAGUGGACGGCACCAGAAGCGCUUAAUUAUGGGAGAUACAGUUCUGAGAGUGACGUGUGGAGCUUCGGUAUCCUGCUCUGGGAGACCUUCAGCCUGGGGGUCUGCCCCUACCCCGGAAUGACAAACCAGCAGGCCCGGGAACAGGUGGAAAGAGGAUACCGGAUGUCAGCCCCUCAGCACUGCCCAGAGGACAUAUUUAAAAUCAUGAUGAAGUGUUGGGAUUAUAAACCCGAAAACCGCCCCAAGUUCAGUGAACUUCAGAAAGAGCUCGCGGUCAUCAAGAAGAAGAUCACGUAGUGACGGAGCAGCGUGGAUGCGGCCUCUUCUCCCGCAGAGUAAUACUAUUCUCCUUGUUAAUGAGUGUAUACCGUGUUGUGCGCAACUGUCUU